AGCACUUAUCAUCACAUUAUUUGGGGAUUUGGGGCAAAAAUUCAAUCGGCCAGAUUCCGCCGAGGAAUCUUUUAAUGGGUCAUUCUUUUCAUAAUUGAAUCCAAAAUAUUGUCGAGGUACAAAAAAAACCUAUUUGAGAAUUGUUAAAAGAUUGUUCGUUGAUUCACGGUCAGCGAACUGUCAUCUGACGUCAUUGUCAUUCGUUGUCUGGAAAGAACGUCAACUAUCGAACGUCAAGGUUUAUUGAAGCACUCCGAACGUGUUUAACAAUUUGAGAAUUAACAAUUUUUCGGAAAAUUCGAUUAAUUCUUUAGAUACUCAGAACUCUCUGCAAACUUUUUUGCAAAAUCAACUGCUGGUGGGUCAACAUUCCGCUAUAUACCAAUAUUCAAUCACGAUGGAGGACAUGCAAGAAGAGACACAAUUUGUUGUUGAUGACGUCAGCAAAAUAAUCAAAGAGGCCAUUGAAGUUUCCAUCGGCGGUGAUGCUUAUCAACACAACAAAGUCAACCAAUGGACUUCGCACGUUGUCGAAGGAUGUUUAGGAAAUUUGACCAAAUUACAAAAACCUUACAAAUACAUAGUGACGUGUACCAUUAUGCAAAAGAACGGUGCUGGCCUACACACUGCUAGUUCAUGUUUUUGGGACAAUGCAACGGAUGGUAGCUGUACAGUUCGUUGGGAGAACAAAACAAUGUAUUGUAUCGUAUCUGUAUUUGGUCUUGCAAUUUGAUUUUUCUGUGCUGCGUGUGUCUAGUCCGCCGUCAAUCAAAUUUAUUUCUCGUUCUGAAAGCGCUCAAUGGUGCAAAAGAAAGAUGCAGAAAACGUAAAAAGAGAGUUUGUGCAAAUGAAAAUUGCGAAUCCAACUUGAGCAGCUGCUUUGCGUAACUGUAUUUCCAUAUAUUUUUAUAUUUAAUGCGUGUUUUUUUUUGUAUUAAAUUGAAGAUACAAUCUACUAGAGCACAAUGAAUAAUGAGAUUCUUUUCCCAAGAUUGUAUGGAAUUCACAAAUUCAUCAUAAUUGAUGUAAAAAAGAAGUUUGUAUCCAAGAAGGCAGCGAAAAAUGUACUUGAUCGAUUUCUUACAUUUUUUUACUUCGAUGAGUCUUGACUACCUCUCAAAUCUUGAGCAAACAAAAAACAUCAAUAAAUAUUGGAAAGAGAACUCUUGGCGCAUUCCCUUUGGAAUCAAUGUUUUAUAACCAUGCGUCAAUCGCAGUAACAGAAGGUUCGAGAAAUGAAAUUCAACUUUUCAAGACUGUCGAUUGAUUAACAGUUAAAUUAUUGACGGGAAUGUUUAUUCAAUCUGAAGAUAUAUAAUUACAAUGUCUUUUAAAGCUUCUCAAUUAUGGAAGAGGGCAUAUUUUUCUUCCAUAUUAAUUACGUUGAAACAUUUAUGCCUUAAAUGAGAGUAGAUAAAGUAUAAGUAGACAAUUAUUACGAUAAAAAAAAAUCAAAGUACAGCUUGUGGUUGGUGCUGUUAAUUAAGCUCAGACCUUGUAUCCUCUGAAAGAAUAUAUUUUAGGAACGUAAAUCAAA